GCAGCCCAAGCCAUAGCAGAAGAAAGAAGAAGCCAAAGUGGCAUUAGCCCUCUUGCAGUCCAGACCUCAAUAAAGACAGCAACUAAACCAGUGAUAGAUGGUUCCAUGCUAAGAACAGAAGAAAGGCAAAGACUGGCCAGGGAGCGUAGAGAAGAGCGGGAAAAGCAACAUGCUGCCAAAGAGACACAAAUCCUUGAAAAGGAGAGAAAAGCAAAACUCCAGUAUGAAAAACAGUUAGAAGAAAGGCAGAGAAAGCUAAAAGAAAUGAAGCAAAAAGAGGAACAACGGAGGGCAGCAGUGGAAGAAAAGAGGAAACAAAAAAUAGAGGAGGAAAAGGAGCGCUAUGAAGCAGUUCUGCAUCGCACCUUGGAACGGAAUCAGCGGCUGGAAACACGACAGAAGAGAUGGUCAUGGGGGGGGUCUGUAACUCCAGACUCAGAAGGCAAAACAGAACAACAGAGCGCAGAUGAAGGUGGAACUGGUGCCAGCAAACGCUCGCCCUCCACAGCCAACCUCAAACAGGCAGAGGCUGCUGUGAGCAAAUGCCUGCCGUCAUCUGCAGCUCUUUCAAAUGCCUCAGAUCGAAGUACCACAAAGAGAAGUGCCUCAUUAAACAGACUGAAUAACAAAGUCCCUCCACAUUCCCAGCAAUCAGCACCCAAAGGUUCGCAGGUGGAACAGAAAGGAGGAAAUGAAAAGAAGAGGAGCACAUCUUUGAGUAGAAUGAGUAGUAAACCCCAAUCCUCUCCAGAGCUAGAAAAAGUGAAAAAGGAAGAAAAACCAGCUUCAGCCAGUUCCAUCAAUUCCCCAGUCCCAGCUCCUAAAGUGCCGGUGCGCAGCCGUAGCAUCGACAGGUUGAAGUCCUCUGUGUCUUCAUCUGAUGCAAGUUCACCUGACUCAACCCAGAAAUCAGAGACAGAAAAACCAUCUCCAGGUUCUGGUUUGAGGCGCCCUCCCUCACCAUCCUUGUCUGCCCGUAGAAGAUCCCCCUCUCCUGCUAAUUUGGUGAAGCGUCCUCCAUCCCCUUCUGCAGUUAGGCAGAAGACUCGCCCACCUUCACCUGGUGUGUCGAAACAAAGGCCACCAUCUCCUACACCAGUCUCUAAGUCAGCACCCAUCCAGCGUCCAUCUCUCACACCAGGUGUUAUAAACAUUACCAAAAAGAAAACUGAAGCAGAGAGCAAACCAAAGGAUAAGAGCACAGAAGGAAUAGGACAAGAGCAAGGUGCUUCCCCAGCCUUGGAGAGGGAUGCAGGAGCAGCUAGCACAAAGACCAAAGAAGAAUCAGGUAGCAAAACAGUAGCAGGGACCACCACAGCUGAAGAAGCUGCUAAAAUCUUGACCGAGAAACGACGUCUGGCACGGGAGCAAAGGGAGCGUGAAGACCAAGAAAGAAUUCAGAGACAAGAAGAAGAAAGAAUCAGAGAAGAAGAGAUGGCCAGGAGAGCAACUGAGGAAAAAGCACGACAGGAGGAGGAGCUCCGGAAGCAGGAGGAGGAAAAGAGACUGAUUUAUGAAGAGCAGCAACGACAAGCUGAAGAGGAGAGGAUCCGCCGGGAACAGGAGGAGCAGGAAAAACUCGCAGAGCUUCAACAGCAGAGAGAAGAAGCUGAAGCAAAAGCUCAAGAAGAAGCUGAAAGACAGCGACUGGAAAGAGAGAGGAUUAUGCAGCAAAAUAUGCAGGAAAGGCUUGAAAGAAAAAAGAGAAUCGAAGAAAUAAUGAAAAGAACACGAAAAUCGGAUCAAAACGAAUCCAAGUUGCAGAAUGAAGGGAAGUCUACCUUGGAGGUGAUGGAGGGAGAGGAUAUUGAAGAGGAGGAAGAGUUAGGACUUGAGAAGACUGACCAACCAGGAAAGCUAAAUGGUGUUGACUUGCUCCAGGAAGUCAAAGGGGAGGCAGAGGAUUGUUUAGAGACUGCACAGGGCAUGAUCUCUGCAGAAUCUGAGGCACAAACUGAGUCAGAGUUGAAGGCCAGUGAAGUGUUCAUGAAUGGAAGUGACUUGAAAAGUGACGAGGGGUCUCUGUCUGUUACUGAACUAAAGGAUUCCAGCCAUCCUGCAGAAGAAAUGGUUAUCGAUGACUCGGGGAAGCUGGAUGUUCAUGAAGCUGAUCACACAAUUGAACUUAUUCAGAAUCUUAAUGGAAAAUCUGGUUCGUGGACUUUUGAGGAGUUCAUUGACGUUGGAGUGCAUUCCAAGUCAACCAAACUGAGCUCAGACAGCAUCUCUGCUGGUAACUGUAAUCAAAACUUGAAUGAUGCUGCUACAAUACCUUCUAGUCCCAGAUUGGCUUUUGAGGAAGAUGGUGCAGUGAAUUCAUUGACCAAACCUAUAGAUGCUUCAUCAGGUAAUCCCAGCUGACUUCCCUGUCUGUCUCUUCCCCUGGCUAGGCAGUUCACUUCCUUGCAUUUUGUUCUCCUUGCCUUAACUACAGCUUCUUAUUUUCAAGGCACUUUUUCCAAUGUGUAGACUUUGAGGGAAGGCUCUUUCUUUAGUACUUUUAACUUGAAUUCUGUCAAAAGGAGUCACCAACUGAUGCCUUUUUAGGGACUUGCUAAGGCCCAACAUUAAGGCUCUUCCAAAGACACCGCUGAGCCCUUGUGAAGUUCCAAACAGCAUUGAAGCUCAUAUAUUGUACUCCAAGGUUUUUCUAAGAUAUGUUAAAUGGCACAUGUUACUUUGCAAGAUACAGAACAGUUCAAAAGGUAUCUGAUGUAACUCUACACACCAGACCUUUCCACUCCUAGGCAUGUUUGAUGCUGACCUGCUUGGUCUUACAAGGUCUCUUCAGACUCUUAGCAGUGUAUUAGCUGUCCUCUCUACUUACUGUACAAUACUCUUUUACUUCACCAAGGCAAGUAACACCAACCUGAAAUUUCACAGGUGGUUGUGUUACAUUUUAGGAGGAGUAAUAAAGCUGUACACAAAAUAUUCUGAGUUUUCUGAAAGAGGCAGGGCUGCAUCUCAAGCCACAUGUACUUAAGAAGCCAAGCCCUGAUGCAGUACAGUGCAUAGAAGAGAUAUGUGUCAGAGAAGCUUCAGGAAGUCAGUUUGUGUAAGAAUGGACUUUCUGGUGUUGGAGGCAAACCCCAAAGGGCCAUUUUCACAGGAGAUCUCUUUCCUUGGGAUAAAUGACUGUGUGAUCAGUUGAAGUGAAUGCUAGUGGGAAAACAAGCCUUGCUAUCCACAUUUCCUUCCAGUGAUGUGUAGCACUUUCUUUGAUUAAAGUGUAGCACUUUUCUAGACUGAGCUGUAUCCUGAGUCUCUGAGUCUCCUCUGUCGCUCUGCGUCUUACGAAUUUCAGUUCCAUGGGCGCGCCCUGAUGGAGGCUUCCCUUGAGGCCACAACAGACUGGGCCAUGGGAAUAGACAGAUUUAUUGUGGUUCUGCUGAUCCCUUUCUGUUGUGAUCAGACUCAUUAACUUUUUAAUGAAGGAAGCGUGGCCUUUUAAUUUUGAGCUUGAAAAUUUUUAGACUUAAUACAGUUGAAGAAUUCUGUACAUAACUUUGAAAACUAAUUUUCCUGUAGAAAGAAAGAAAACCUACAGUGCUAGUUUGGACUGUAAGUGGCCAAGUGGUUCUGUGCUCACUCCUGGAUGUAGACUGGCAGUGAUGAUGGAUACAUGUGGCAUACAUGCAGUUACAAUGGUUAAAUGUUUUCUUCUCUUUGGACAGAACUGUGAACACUAGAGACCUGGAAAUAAUCUGAUUGCACUUCAGUAAUCCAGUGUUUUGUCAAGUACCGAAGGCCUUGUUUUGAAAAGCUGCUUGUUUACCUUUAUCCAUCUUCAAGUUUGCAAAAAAACACCAGGGGAGGGAUGAUAAACUAAUUUGCACCUUGAAACAUUUCAGGGAAACUGUUGUGCUAAUGUUCGUUUAGCUAUUGUUAGAUAAGGUUUCCUAGUUCAAUUAUUCCUUGUUUCCUCUUUACAGACUUUACAGUAACCUGAUUGAGUCUUUUUUUUUAAAUUUUCCUAUCAGUAUCAUGUAGAACAUGCCACUGGAGGCUCCCCACUUAGCCACAGACUUUGCAUAUUUCUAAAAUGAUCUUGAUAAAAUAAAAGACUCACUCAGUGUAUGUUAAAGCUGAACUCCCUUUUUAAUGUCUGGAAAAAUGUUGUUGCUUGUUGGUUCAUGUGCUAUUUAAAAAUGCAAAACUGAGUAUCUUCACUUCUGAAUGGAGAAGAAAAAUUCCUUGUUAUCUAAUAUGAAAAUUUUGGCAGUUUCAAAAUGGAAGUGUUCAUCACUAAUAUGUUUUAAUCUAUUGGCAAACAUCAAAACAUUUUUCAGCACGUGCUCUAAUAUAUUACAAAAAUGUUGAGUCCAUAGAUUUGUCUGUCCGUGCAGUUUAAGGUGUCAGGCUUUUAAAAAGUGUUUUCCUUUUGAAUUACUUAUUUAUCUACACUUACUGAAGUAUUAUUUUAUUGUGUACAUAACAGUAUUAGACCAUUGAAGUCACAUUUUGUUCAUGUUAAUUAUUCUAAGUGUUCCAGUUCCAGCUCUAUAUCAGCGGCUGCAAGCUGCAUAGAUAUUUCCCUUCCUUUAAAACCUGCAUUAAAUAAUCUAUUUAACCUGAACUUGCCUGCUUUUUUCAGCAUGAAGAGAUUAACGAAGCAUCUUCUGAAAAUUGCUACUAAAAGUAAUAAUGCAGCCUUGUUCUGAUGUCUCCUGUAACAGAUAGACUGGAUAGGUGAUUACUUUAAAGAGUAGCUGUCUCAAAACCUGCUACCAUUGGCUGAUCCCUCAAUUCCAGUGAUGCAUCCAAGAGCAGCUGUGUUUGCAGUGGGUUUGCUGGAACUACACCCGUUCUUUCCUCGACACCUCAUUGCGACAGGAGCCCUCAGCCUUCUCCCUCUUGCUGUUCAGAAAUACUGUAGAACUGUUUUAGACUUUAGAGCAGUGCCUUAGGUAAAAGGAGAACUGUAUUUUUGUAUGAUAGCUGUUUGUUCUGGCAGAGACAAUCAUUCUAACAAAGAUGCCGAUAUUUUUUUCUGUGCUGAGAUUUGUUGGAUGGUCUGAUCCAGCCCUGUGUAAAUACGUGCACACAGUUAAAUAAACUUUGCAGUUGAACAAUGCUU